CUCAUUUCUCUCUCUUUCUCUCUCUCUGUUUAUUUUUAAUAAUGAUAAUGAGGGAGGAGGGGUUGGGUUGGUGUUUAUGUCGUCUAAAUUAUACACAUAGAUAAAAGGGGGUUGAUUGAUGCCUAGCGGUUUCUGAGGAGAAAAUAUGAGGAUUCUUUUUGGGUUUCAGACUUUAGAAUAAUCAGAGCUCCAGUUUGGACAAUCCUUCAUCCAAGCAAUAGGUUGGGGUUUUUUCACAAAACUACAGACCCUUGUGUCUGUAUGCUGCUCAGCUCUGCCGAAGCAUUUUGGCCGUACCUUGGUCGCUAGGCCAUAGUGUGGACUGUCCAAAAGAGAAGACGAAGAGGCUGACCAGACCAGGAAACUUCAUAUCCUAUCCAAGCUGUCUGUCCAGCUUCUGAUAUCACACCAUCGACGAACCUUACUCAAUCCUCGGUCCAAAAUAACCUGCUCCUCAAAGGGUGUUGCGUGCGGUUUCUAUACCCGCCUCCAGCUUCAGCUGAUUCCGGUGUUUUGGCUCCGCAAAAAUGGCGAUGGCGAUUGCGCAGCAGCAUAGGGAGAGUAGUAGCAGUGGUAGCAUCAACAAGCAUCUUGACUCCGGAAAAUAUGUGCGGUACACCGCAGAGCAGGUCGAGGCUCUGGAACGAGUCUACUUAGAGUGUCCAAAGCCCAGUUCUCUUCGGCGGCAGCAGCUGAUCCGGGAGUGUCCUAUUCUCUCUAAUAUUGAGCCCAAGCAAAUCAAAGUCUGGUUUCAGAAUCGCAGAUGUCGAGAGAAGCAGAGAAAAGAGGCUUCUCGACUCCAGACCGUGAACAGGAAAUUGACGGCCAUGAACAAGCUGUUGAUGGAGGAGAAUGAUCGGCUGCAGAAACAAGUGUCGCAGCUGGUAUGCGAGAAUGGGUAUAUGCGACAACAGCUUCAAACUGCAUCAGCUGCAACUACUGAUGCUAGCUGUGAAUCUGUGGUUACCACUCCUCAGCAUUCUCUGAGAGAUGCUAAUAACCCUGCUGGACUCCUCUCCAUUGCAGAGGAGACUUUGGCAGAGUUCCUCUCAAAGGCUACAGGAACUGCUGUCGAUUGGGUCCAGAUGCCUGGGAUGAAGCCUGGUCCGGAUUCGGUUGGGAUCUUUGCCAUUUCACAUAGUUGCAGUGGAGUGGCAGCUCGAGCAUGCGGUCUUGUAAGUUUAGAACCCUCAAAGAUUGCAGAGAUCCUCAAAGAUCGUCCAUCUUGGUUCCGGGACUGUCGGAGCCUUGAAGUUUUCACCAUGUUUCCAGCUGGAAAUGGAGGAACUGUUGAACUCUUAUACACACAGAUAUAUGCCCCAACUACGCUGGCUCCUGCACGGGAUUUCUGGACUCUGAGAUACACCACCAGUUUGGACAAUGGCAGUCUCGUGGUCUGUGAGAGAUCACUGUCUGGUUCUGGAGCUGGUCCAAACACCGCUGCUGCUGCUCAGUUUGUGAGAGCUGAAAUGCUUCCUAGUGGCUAUCUUAUUCGUCCAUGUGAGGGUGGAGGAUCAAUCAUCCAUAUUGUUGACCACCUGAAUCUUGAGGCAUGGAGUGUGCCAGAGGUGCUGCGACCACUUUAUGAAUCUUCAAGAGUUGUAGCUCAGAAAAUGACUAUUGCAGCAUUGCGCUACAUCCGGCAAAUAGCUCAGGAGACAAGUGGUGAGGUGGUAUAUGGUUUGGGCAGGCAGCCAGCUGUUCUGCGAACUUUUAGCCAAAGAUUGAGCAGAGGCUUCAAUGAUGCUAUCAACGGAUUUAAUGAUGACGGCUGGUCAUUGAUGAAUUGUGAUGGUGCUGAAGAUGUAAUAAUUGCAGUUAACUCAACCAAAAAUUUGAACACCACUUCUAAUCCUGCUAAUUCCCUUUCCUUGCCUGGGGGGGUUCUCUGUGCUAAAGCAUCCAUGCUGCUCCAAAAUGUUCCUCCGGCAGUUCUGGUUCGCUUCCUGAGGGAGCACCGGUCAGAGUGGGCUGAUUUUAGUGUUGAUGCCUAUUCUGCUGCAUCAUUGAAAGCUAGCCCAUACUCUUAUCCAGGGAUGAGGCCCACGAGGUUUACUGGGAGCCAAAUUAUUAUGCCACUUGGUCACACAAUUGAACAUGAAGAGUUGCUUGAAGUAAUUCGACUUGAAGGCCAUUCUCUUGCUCAUGAAGAUGCUUUUAUGUCGAGGGACAUUCAUCUCCUGCAGAUAUGUAGUGGAGUUGACGAGAAUGCAGUGGGAGCCUGUUCCGAACUUGUUUUUGCUCCAAUUGAUGAAAUGUUUCCAGAUGAUGCUCCACUGUUACCCUCUGGUUUUCGGAUCAUCCCACUGGAUUCAAAAUCAGGUGAUACACAGGAGACAUUGACUACUCAUCGGACCUUGGAUCUGACAUCCAGUCUUGAAGUGGGCCCAGCAACAAAUCAGGCUGCAGGGGAUUCAUCAUCAUGCUAUAACACACGAUCAGUCUUGACUAUUGCCUUCCAGUUUCCAUUUGAGAGCAAUCUACAGGAUAAUGUUGCAACAAUGGCUCGUCAGUAUGUUCGGAGCGUGAUUUCCUCUGUGCAGAGGGUUGCCAUGGCCAUAUCUCCUUCAGGAUUGGGCCCAGCUGUGGGACCAAAGCUGUCAGCAGGGUCUCCAGAAGCUCUUACAUUAGCCCACUGGAUCUGCCAGAGCUAUAGUUACCAUGUUGGGGCGGAGUUGCUGAGAUCUGAUUCUGUGGGUGGCGAUUCGGUGUUAAAAAAUUUGUGGCAUCACCAGGAUGCUAUUUUGUGCUGCUCAUUAAAGUCAUUGCCAGUUUUGAUCUUUGCAAACCAGGCAGGACUUGACAUGCUGGAGACAACUUUAGUAGCUCUACAAGACAUCUCAUUGGAUAAGAUAUUUGAUGAGUCUGGACGCAAGGGAUUGUGUGCAGAUUUCGCCAAGAUAAUGCAACAGGGUUUUGCUUACUUGCCGGCUGGAAUCUGCAUGUCAACAAUGGGGCGCCAUGUUUCAUAUGAACAGGCCAUCGCAUGGAAAGUCCUUGCCGCGGAAGAGAACACUGUCCAUUGCCUUGCUUUCUCUUUCAUCAACUGGUCUUUUGUGUGAUCAUUAUUUAUUCACCAAGCCCCUUUCCUGAGUGGAACUUGGAAACAAAAAGGAAAAGAAGUGCAGAAGAAAAAGUUUUGUAAUAUGUAAACACCAGUCCCACGUUUGCUUCAUAUUAAUUUAAUUUAAUUUUAUUGAAUGCACCCAAAAAUUUCUUUAUCCACAUGUAAAUUUUUGGUGGUGGAGCUUCUUACUCUAGUAGAUUAGGGUUGGAAUUUCAAGUGGAACCAAAUUGAAUGUAUGUGGGGGGAGAUCUUAUUUCAUUGAAUUCAUUCAAUCUUUGUUGCCAGUUCCUGAA